AACGUCAUUUCAGAAUAGAAGUUAAGAAGACUAAUGCAAACAAGUACAAUAAUCCACACUUAAGUGUCCCGUGCGCAAUGUCAUUACUACUUUGUCUUGAGUUUCACGCAGCGCACCACAACAAAGAUGGUGUCCCUGGCAGAUAUCCUUCCCCCUGUGAGUGCCCCUGUGUGGGACCGUGAAAGUGAAGAUAGACGGCGACGGCAGCAACAGGCCCAGCAGCAACAGGCCCUGGUCACUGCCUCCCGGGCAGCUCCUCCCUAUGGCCACAGAAAGGGAUGGCUGCCACGCUCCCAAGACGAUUUUGGCGAUGGAGGUGCCUUUCCAGAGUGCCACAUUGCCCAGUACCCACUGGGAAUGGGCAAGGGAACCAGUGGGGAUUCAGGAGGAGGAGGUGGAGGAGGAGGAGGAGGAGGAGGGGGAGGGGGAACCUCAUCAAAUGCUUUAGCAGUUCAGUUGGAUGAAAAGGGCAAAGUGAAGUAUGAUGUGCUGGCAAGACAAGGGCAUUCAAAGGACAAGAUUGUCUACUCCAAGUUGACUGACCUCCUGCCAUCAGCCAUUACCUCAGAGGAUGACCCAGAGCUGCAGCGGCCGUCUAUGGAGGAGAUUGAGGAUACCACAGAAAAGACCAGGCAGGCCCUUGAAAAAUUGACACAGGGCAAAAUAUCCUCAGCCAUGCCAGUGCGGUGUGCUGAGAAGCAGGCGCCAGCUCAGUACAUCCGUUACACACCCUCACAGCAGGGCGUCUCCUUCAAUUCAGGGGCCACACAGCGGGUGAUUCGCAUGGUGGAGCAACCCAAGGACCCCAUGGAACCUCCCAAGUUUAAAAUCAACAAGAAAAUUCCACGAGGACCUCCAUCUCCUCCAGCCCCAGUCAUGCAUUCCCCAACUCGUAAGGUGACAGUGAAGGAGCAGCAGGAGUGGAGGAUACCACCUUGUGUCAGUAACUGGAAGAAUGCCAAGGGUUACACAAUUCCCCUAGACAAGCGCUUGGCAGCAGAUGGGAGAGGACUGCAAUCUGUCCAUAUCAAUGAAAAAUUUGCAAAAUUGGCUGAAGCUCUCUACAUUGCUGACAGGAAAGCAAGAGAACAGGUUGAAAUGAGAGCACAGCUGGAGAAGAGGAUGGCUCAGAAGGAGAAGACACGUAAGGAAGAGUUGCUCAAAGGCUUGGCCAAGAAGGCUCGAGAGGAACAUGCUGGGCUUCGCUCUGUUCCUGCCGGGCCCAGCGAUGAUGCUGAGAGAGAAAGAGAAAAGCUGCGUCAAGACCGUGCCAGGGAGCGGAAAAGGGAAACUGCUAUUGCCAACUCCUCUGCUGACAAACGGGGUAAACUGGCUAACCGUGAACGUGACGUCACAGAGCAGAUUGCUUUGGGCCUGCCUCAGAAAACCAGUGGAGGGGGAGAGGCUCAGUUUGACCAGAGACUCUUUAACCAGUCUCGAGGAAUGGACACCGGUUUUGGUGAUGAUGAGUCGUACAAUGUUUAUGACAUGCCUUGGCGAAACACUGAUAACAUUGGGUCUAACAUUUACCGGCCCACUAGAGUUGCUGAGAACGAGUAUGGGGCAGGCAUUGAACAGCUCAUGUCCACAAAUCGCUUUGUCCCAGACCGAGGAUUCUCUGGUGCCGAUACUAGCACAAGUAGAUCUGGUCCUGUGGAAUUCAAACGCUCAGGGGCUGGAGAUGAGAAAGAUGAGGAUGACUUGUUUGGUGUUAUUGGUUUGCUAUCAGAGGCUAAAAAAGCAAGCAAGAGAAAUGCAGACAAUGAAGACCGUGGACGAGAAGAUAGAGACAAGAGGAGAAAAAGGGACUGAGGUUAGUUAUUUAAUUUGUAAAUAGGAAAUUUCAAGCACUUACAGAAAUGAGAAAUUUCACAAAUUUCCAUUCAGGUACUUCAGGUUUGGAUUUCCACUCAUAUUGUAUUUCAUCUCGGUUAUCGUUAUGAAGUAUUUCUUACAACCACACUCAGUGCAUGUACCUUUACCAAGUUUUGUAGCAAUUUGUUGGUUGUAGAAAGUUGAUACUGUUCUUUUAGCUUGAAAUAUUUAGUUGGGUGACUAAUAUGUAUGUAGUUCAUUUUGAAUUUUUAUCAUAGUGAAAUUUAAUUAAUCCUAAGGGCUCCAUUUUGACAUCAUAAGAAUUAAUACUUUGUGAACAGAUCAUAGUAACAAACAAUGUGAAGGAAAUACAUAAACUUGCACCAAAAAGAACAGAAAGCAAUAAGUACCUGAGGUUUUGAACAGUGGAGUGGAGUAUGUUGGAUGUCUUUAUGAUUUUAGAUACACAAAGGAACAAGUUCCCCAGAUUGUCCAGAAAACAGCUUCAUACUUAGUUUUAUUGGCUUAAAUAAGAUCUUUGCACCCAAAUUAUAACAUGUUAAUUGAUAUUUUUGUGUGCAAGGAAUGUAAGAGUAGUGAGUUUAAUUUGUAUUCAUUCAGACUUUGGAAAUCCGAUAAAAGUUUGGUGCAUCACUGUUAUAGUAUUCUGUUGUCUUUUAGUAUAGUUUAAGACUAAGACGUAUAAAUAAAACUUUUUACUGUACCUUAAUACAUUUCGUUCAACUCGGUGACGAAUUCAAACGUAAGGAAGGUGAAAGAGUUCACUUACCAUUCAGUUUGAUAAGGAUGCAGUAGCUUUUGGAUGUGUGGAUGAAGACUGAGGGAUGCAAGCCAGUAGGUGGAGCAUGGUUGUGGUUUGUGAGCUCAGGAGUGAUUGUGUACCUGCUGUGAAUAAAAAAAAAUGAAACAUGGAGAA